AUGUUGCUUCCUUUGGCUUUGUUAAUUUUCUGCUACGUUCACUCAACUUUGAGUUGUAUAUCAUACGAGAUCGAAAAUGAGAAAAAUUGUGGAAAUAAAAAUCAAAUUAUUCAGUUUGUUAAUCGAUCUUUCGAUUUUAAUGAGAAAUGCGAAUUUUCAUCUCGUUCUUGUACGCAAUUGAAACCUUACAAGACAGCAGUUUUGGAAAUUGAAAUUUUUGUUGAACAACUGCGAGUAUUAAAUAUGAAGCAAGACCUUUGCAGCAAGAAACCAAUUCCCGAUCAUAUGCGUGCAUGUGCAGCUUUAUGGGGAAUUCCACUUAAAUGUCCAAUCAAUCAAAAUGAAAUCUUUUGUUACAAAGGCAAAAAAUCAAAAUUUACCAACUUGAGAGUUUUAAAAUUUCUUGCUCAAUAUAGCUCAUUUAAAGUUUUAACUAAAAUAUCUCAUGACACUGGCGACUCAUGUUUGGAAAUGAUGGUUGUAAGUGAAAUGUUGAGUGUAAGAAAUUGUGGCGACGAGAAUCAGAUCAUCAAACCAUUCAACAGGAGUCUUGAUGCCUUAAAACUACUGAAUAAUUCUUGCAACCUCAUUUCCAGUUCAUGUUCGAAAGUCAAGCCUUACACAUCAGCAAAAAUGGAGAUAAGCGGAUAUGCUCAAAAGAUUCGUGUCUAUCAAAAUUCUUAUGACUUAUGCAACACUCAAAAUAAAAUACCGCAAUUUGUUGUUAUGAAUUCUUACAUGUUGGGCAUUCCACUGACAUGUUCUUAUGAUAAAGAUGAAACAUUUUGCUAUAAAGAUGAAAAAGUACCAUUGCCCGAUGAGAGAAUGCUUGAUUUCUUGUUAAGUUAUCGCAAGAAAAAAAUUAUAACGAAAAUUGCUCACGAUACUGGCAGCACAUGCAUUGAAGUAACUUUUAAAUAA